CGGCGCAAGGCGUAGGAGGAGGCCGAGAGAAAUCGGCGAGGGAGGAGAUGGGGAAGGGCGGCGAGCUGUGGGACGACUCCGCGCUCGUCGACGCCUUCGACCACGCCGUCGCCACCUACAAGGCAGUGCAUGGCAAGAACAAGCAGGCAGCUCCAUCUGAGAAACAAGAGUCUGAAGAUGUAUCCGCUCCAGCUGCUGCUGUCGCUGAUGAAGAACCUGCCGCUACCGAGGCAGCAGAUGAGCAAUUAGAGAAAGAUGGAAGCUGCACUGCCUUACCCGUUGAUCCAACGUUGACGCCACAGCAGCCUUGUGAAAAAAGCAAGACCACUGAGAAAGCACCUCUUCAAGAAACUGAUUUGGACAAAGGGACACACGUCUCAGAGUCUAACGCAUGCUCCUCAGAUGUUAAUGAUACCGAGAAACUGGAUAGCUCAAACCAGCAGGCAUGGGACUAUAAUGAAUUGCUCAGGAAAUACUAUGAACUUGAGGUGCAAAGCCGGGAAGUUCUUGAGCAACUCCAUCAGACAAAUUACUGGAAUUAUCAAGCCCCUGGGCAAUCUUCAGCAUACCAACAGCAGCAAGUCCCUGCAUAUAGUGCCACAGCACCUGAUCCAUACUCUUCAACUGCUCAACCCCCAUGCUGCUCUUCGAAUGUUCCCUUGGUGUCAGUCUCCUGUUGUUCAACUGGCCAGCAAACUGGCGAUUCCACUGGAGGCUGCAGCAUAUCGUUGACUUGUGAUCAAUGCCCUGGAGCAAGCACCACAUAUCCUGCUGGUGCAACCUUCGUGCAGCUCCCAACAAAAAUUACUACUAAUGAUGAUCAAGUUGCUAAGGCUGCAACGAUGACUGCUGAAGGUGCCAUGAAUUUCAUGAGAAGUACAAUAUCUGGAAAUCCUGGCCCCUUUCCAAGAAACGAAGGUGAAACUAGCAAGGAGAAUAACACAACUGUGGGCAUGCACCCGAAUUUUGACGCCACAGGAGCAGACAGUGAUCUUGCUGUUGUAUUAAAUGCAUGGUAUACAGCAGGAUUUUACACUGGCAGGUACCUCAUGCAGCAAUCCAUGAAAAAUCCCCGCGAACAUUGACUCUACCAAAAACCAGGUAGAGGCUUGCCCAAGGUUCCCUUUAGCUUCUGAAAAAACCCGAUGUCCUGAAACUUCUGAUGGAAUUGAACAUCCACGAUGGACCUCUGCACACAUUGGUUUAUGCUAGACAGUGCCUUUUGAAGCAAGAAUUAUGGUAUGCGUACGUAUGAUUGUGCUGUGAUUUGACAAUGAAGGUUUGUUUGGAUGGGUGAGUACUGGCUCAACCCCUGUCCAAAAAAGCCCCAAAUGGGUGAAGAUGAUGCAUUGAUGAUUUUGUAACCCAAAUUUGGCAAAUACCCAGUGUCAAUAUAUAUUAGCUGAGAGCUUUGGUGAAUCCACCACUCCAGGGAGUGGUGGUAAUGCACUAAUGCGUAAACUACUUUCGGGAGGUUGCCAUUUGUGCCAUGUGUAUAGCUUACAUCUGUGUCUGCUUUUGGCAGCUUCCAAUCUUGACAGGUGGAUGCACAGUUAAGGCAUAUUCGACCAGAAAGUUUUGGCUUCUACGACC